AAUAGUUCCAGAUGUGGCCAUGUUUAGUUAAUAUUUGAAGUUUCUCUUAUUAAUCAAAUCGAUAAUAAAAAAAUUCAACUGACUUGCUGCGACCGCCAUUGAAACUGUAAAAAUAACAUAACUCCAUCGUAUCAACAGAGAAAAUAACAAAUAAUCCGUCGAUCAUACCUUUAUCGCUUGCCCACUAAACAAAAAAUACAUACAGAUAACCUUUAUGAUUUUUAAAUUACGCGUUUGUUUAAUUAUCUCGUUGUUCAAUUAACAUUCACACUCGGAGGACGCUGCCUUUAAGUUAAACCAAUUAAUUGCAAAGCAAAAAUAAUUAUUAAAUAUUAUUUAGGUAGAAGUUCAAAGGGUAAGGGAUACAACGUGAACACGCUUUUUUUAAAAUUAUUUCUUCGUGUUAAUUAAAUUAAUUUCGGAAAAUCGUGUCAUAAUUUCGAAGUAAGUAAUCUGAAAAGUAAAAAAAAAAUUUAAAAUAAUUGUUAUAAAAAAAUCUAGAUAUAAAAAAUAAAUGUUAAUUACGCGCGGGCGCGAUGACAUGACACAAUAUAUAUACAUACAGUAUUUGGAGGACAAACAUAACUUCACAGUAGCGACGUACAUACAUGUAUACAAUUGAUAAAUCACGUGAUAAGAGAAGGAGACGUAUUUAAGUAUAGAAUAACGUAGCGCGCAUACACGGCAAGUACCCAAGCCUUAACAUUAACAUUAACAACGUUCGACGAAAUUGUGGUCGGCCAUGCCACGUCAGCCAUUAUGACGUAGCUGCCACCCGUUAUUCAGGAUAAAGAAGACUUAAAUAUUAUUUUAAAAUCGAUAUUUUGAUAGACAGUGUUAUCAAAAAAUUAAUUAAAUUUUUAUUAAGUAAAUAAAUGUAGUAAAGUGAGGAAUUGAAGCGAUACUCAUUUAAUAUAAGUUAAAUUCAUAUUUGUAGGAGAAAGAGGUAGAGGAGGGGAAGAAGAAAACUGAGGAGGGGAAUAUAGGACAGAAAAGAGAAGCAGUUGAAAUACGAGAAGUAUUUAAUCCCGUGGACACUUUACUUGUCCAUCGUUGGGUUUUCUUGUUCGUGUCAUCGUCACCAGAUCAACUAAAAGUUUUAUAAAUAAUGAUUAAAUAACUCAUGCGAGCAUUAAUUAAUUUAAAGGCGCUCGAGUGUCUAGUCAAUUGAUCGAACGAGAUUAAUUACGCUUUUGAUAGCGGAUUUUUGGUAAUUUAUAUUUAGAAUUUAAUUAAGGGCAGCAUAGCUUGAUCGACGGAGGAAAACAAAGUUUUAAUAAUUAUUAUAUAUUUUAUAUUCAGAGUCGAGUAAUCGAAUAUGGCACUAGAAAGUGCCUCCGCGCCUGAGACUCUGAUUCAAAGCAAUGCAGAUGAUGAUUUAGAAGAUGGAGAAAUCCCUUCAGACGAAGAUGAUGAGGCGACUGUGCCCGUUGAAACGAAGGUCGAGCCUCCUAAGCCCCCGUCAAAAUCAGAUUCAUCAAAGGACAAAAGUUCUGAUUCAAAAUCCAGUAAAUCUAGUAAUAAAAAAUCAUCGAAUGGCAGCUCUAGUAGCAACAGUAAAACAGUCGAUAGAUUUAAUAAAUACAAAAGUGUAUCCGAUGAUUGGGCGGGUGAUGUUGAAAAGGCUAUAAAAGCUGUUCUCGGAGAGAAAGAUAAAUUUAAAAAUCAGGAAAAGUCUCAAAGUAAAAAUAGCAACAAUAGUCGUUCUAGAAAUAAAAAAAGAAGCCGUGAUGAUAAAGAAGAUGAUCGUUCGAAAGAUCAAAAGAGAAAACGAGUUAGUGAUGACGAAAAUAUCAACGACGAUGAUGACGAAAUGCUUUUUGUUAGAGGAGCGUCACCAGUUCGUCGUGACGUUCGCGAUAGCCCUUUACCAUCCCGUCGAUCCCACGACCGGGAUAGUCCUGAAAAUAAUUCUGACCGUGAUUCUGACGGAAAAGGGAGUCGCCACCGAGACCACGACAAGCGAAGUGGCUCUACUGGCCGUGGAUCCAGCCGUCGUGCGAAAAAUGACCGCGGAUGCAAUAACAAUAAAAACAACAAAAGUCGCUCUCAAUUAAGAAAUGAACAACGUAGUGGUAGACGAAACCAGAACAAUGAUAAUGCUCAAGAUGCUGAUUCUAUUUGUGUGUAUUAUAUGCAAGGUAAAUGUCACAGAGGUGAUGAUUGUCCCUUUUCUCACAAUGCAUUGCCUCCGCGUAAAAUGGAGCUUUGUAAAUUUUAUCUCAUGGAUUGCUGCGCCAAAAGAGAUAAAUGUCUUUAUAUGCACCAUGAUUUCCCUUGUAAAUUUUUCCACACUGGUCUUAAAUGCAUCCAAGGUGACAAUUGUAAAUUUUCCCAUGAACCUUUGAAUGAGCAGGUUAAAAACAUUCUCUUAAAGCAUCUAGAAACUGCUCCGAAGGAAAUUUUAGGUGAGUUUCCCCGGCUGAGCAGAGAAGGCGCACUAAUGAUGAUUAACAACACAGCGAGAAAUGUAGCGCAAGGUCAGGAUGCUAGCACUCAAAAAAUACCUAGUUUGUUUGAUGUUACUCUUCCAGCUCCAGGAAAUAAUUUGUCGAACAAUGAUAAAGAUGAGGAGAGUUUAAAUGAUAUGGAUCCUUCUAAUCAGAAAAAAUCAAACUCACCUAAAGAGCGUAAGCCAGCUGGUAAAAAAACUCGCUGGGGCUCUGACGAUGACAGAGUUCCAUUAGAACAAAUUAUGCUGCUUCAAUCAGUUAGCCAGCUUGGUAUUCUUCCUAAUGUUGCACUCAGUCUCGCUGUUCAGCAACAGCUUCAACAGCGAAUGCUUCUUCAGCAGUGUUUUGCCAAUAUGGAUUUUUACAAUGACAUCCAAGGCAAUACUCUAGCUGAAUCUGAGGUCAAUAAAUUGAAAAAUAAAAUUGGGUUUGAUAAUGAAAUAAAAGAAAAAAUACAAGAACAAAUUAAACAAAAUUCUGGUUCACAAGAUGUAGAUUUAAGACAAUUUUUAACAAACGGUCCUAAAUCUUCAUCCGCUGGUCAAGAUGAUUCAAAAGAAUCUAAAGCUAAUGAAGAAAGCGAUCAUGAUGAAGAGUCUGAUCUUGUUAUUGCCGUGCCAACUGAUGAUGAUAAAAGUAAAGAAAAAAGUGCCGAAAUAAAUGAAUCAAGUUUUAUAAAUAAGUCUUCCUUAAAAGUUGAAAAUCCGAAUAAUAAUCAUGAUCAGGAGAUGCUUCCUAAUUUACCUAAAAAAGCUCAAGAAUUAUUUUUACGAAUUCAGCAACAACAAAGAGCUGCUAAUGAAAGUAUUGGUAAUGUUGAUGAUAAGUGUGACGUUGAAGAUGCUUCUAAAAAUCAAAUUGAUUGGUAUUCUGAUGAUGAGGAUGGUGGUAAUGAUGAUGAUGAUGAUGAUGAUGAUGAUGAUGAAGAUGAUGAUGAAAAUUUUGCAGCAUUCGGAGAAGCAUUGGAAGAACUUGAAGAAGAUACUCUGCGAAGAAAAAAACCUGUUACUGUAGAAGAUCAAUAUGCACUGGAUGAUCAAGGCAGACGUAGGUUCCAUGGAGCAUUCACUGGAGGUUUUUCUGCCGGAUACUUUAAUAGUGUCGGCACCAGAGACGGAUGGCGACCACAACAAUUUAAAUCAUCGCGUAGCAGUAAAGCUGAAAAUGUUUCACAGCGCCCUGAAGAUUUUAUGGAUGAAGAAGAUACUGGUGAGUUUGGUAUUGCACCUACUGGAAUAAGAGCUACUGGAGAUUUUAGUGACCGAUCUGAAAGAGCCAAAAAACGGAGAAGAGAUCAAACUGAUGGUAGUCAACCUAUUCCUGGAGAACCUGUUCUCAAAGAAUUGUUGAAGCCAGUCACGUACACAAUGGGUGUUAUUUUAUUAAAAAAAAUGGGCUGGAAACCAGGACAAGGUGUUGGACCUAGAUUAGCUAAAAAAGAUAAAAAAAAAAUUCGUGAAAGAAAUACUAAAAAAAAAGUUUAUGGAUGUACCUUACCUGGCCAGGAAAUAACUGCUUAUGAAAGUAAUUCUGAAAGCUCUGAUAAUGAUGAAGAGAUAUUAUUUGCUCCUGAUGACUACGAACUCUUCAGAUGUAAUCCCAAAGAAAAUUAUUUUGGUAUUGGAUACAGUGGCUUAGAGAGGCAAUCUGUUCUUUCUAACAAUUUCAAUCUUUUUGACACCACAACAUUUACAAUGCAAGAUAAAAACAAAAAGCUUUCAAUCCGAGGACAGGCUUUUGGAGUAGGUGUUUUCGAAGCUGAUGACGAAGAUAUUUACUCGUCAACGGAUAUGUCUAAUUACGACUUUUCCCUGGGCCCCGAGUCUAAAAAACAAAACCGAAGGACUAAUGAGAAAAAAGACAAUGCUUCUAAAGAUAAUUGUAUAGAAGGUUUUGUUGCUGCGAAGAAUAGUUUGAGCAGAAAAAAAAUUUUUGAUCCACCUUUAUUGCCUAGGGAUUAUAAGCCGGUUCAUAAAAUCAGAAAAAAAAGCCGAUUUUCUUCUAUUGAUCCAGAUAAGCAUGAGGAUAAUAAACACGAUAAAGAAAAAUCUUGCUUUAAACAAAAAUUAAAUGCUGAUGAACGGUUGCAAAUUUUAGAAGAAAAAUCAAGUAGUGAAAAAAAUGAUGAAUCUAAAUUACCUAUUCAAAAUGAAGAAUCUAAAACUUUAGGAAUUGAUAAUCAAAAAAUUGAAAAAUCCAAAUUAUCGUGGAUGGAUAAAUUAAAUUCAUCAAUUUUUUUAUCUGGAGGUAUUGUAGGAAGCAGUAAAAAAUCUUCAGAUAAUUUUGAAAAUUUAGAAACAAAGAAAAUUUUGUCUAAUGAAGUAACAAGUUCUGAAGAUAUUAAUAUUGAUUUUAAUAAAAUAGACGAAAGCUCUGUUCUAAAAAAGUCAGAAGAAGAAUCUAUUAAUAAAAUAAAUAAUUCUAGUAAUGAAACAAGAGUAUUUGUAAGUAAAUCUGUGAAUAAUACCCUGAGUUCAGUUCCUGAAGAUCAAAUGAUCAAAGCUGCAAAAAUGAAUAUGUUUGGAAAGCUAACAAGAACAAUAGAAAUUUGGCAACCAGCCAGUGUAGUUUGCAAACAAUUAAAUAUACCGGAGCCUUUUGGUAAAAGUAUGAAAGCUGAGCCGCAAAAACGUAAGCGAUAUUCUGUUUUUGAAUCUUUGAAUAUUUAUAAUGAGGAUAAGUAUCAAAAAGCUACUGAUACUGCUGGAACUUUUAAAGAGCCUGUUAUUAUGGAUAAAUCUUUUGAAAAAAAAAAUCUAAAUUUAUUGGAAGAAAAUAAUUUAAAUUUGGACUUGAAUGUUGAAAAAUCACAGGAUAAUAGUUUUAAAAUUGAUAAUAAAAAAGAGAAUUUAAAUUUAAAUUCAACUAAUUUAGCAACAACUAGUGUAAACUCAUUAAAAAGUUCAAACAGGCAUGAGAGCGAUAAAGCGGAUGAAAGUCAAGCUAGUUCAUUAGUCGGUGAGCAAUUAGGCAAAGUUGAGGCAAAUAAAGACUUGUUUAAAGCGAUAUUUUUGAGCAGCAGUGACGAGUCCGAAGCUGAGGAUGAUCCUGAGGAUGUUGAUAAUAAUACUGUAAAGUCUUUGUUAAUUGGAAAACCUGCCACUGAGUUAAUAAAUGUUCAAAGGAACACUUCUCCUCCUAGAGGAAUUUUUGCUAAGUUGGAUUUAGAUGAUUUGAUGAAAUCUAAAAAAAUUGUAAAGAAAAAUAAUGAAUCUAAAGUUAAAGAGUCAACAAUAAUCCCUUGUAAGGACGAAGAAAUUCAAGUAAUUGGUAAAGAAAGUUUAUCUUCCAACACAGUUACUGAAUCAGAAGACUUACUUAAUAGUUAUGGCCCAGUUCUUCCACAACAUCCAACAAAAGUUAAAGACACAUCUGACUCUGGAGAGAUACAAAAGCCGGUGUAUAAUAAGAAGAUAGUAAGUAAGUUAGAUAAUGUUGAGCUUUCUUUGAAAUGGGUCGAGAAAACUAAGUCUAAAAAGGCGAAGAAAGAUAAGAAAAAGUCCAAGCAUAAAGCAAAGGAAAAAAAACGAAAGCACCAGAAAAAAGAACGGUAGAUAUUAUUAAUGAAAUUAUUUAUCAUGUGUAAAUAAAUAAAAAGUAAUUUGUGUUUA